CAGAGCAGCAUUGAGCUGCAAAUAAGUGAAGAAAUCGGCAACAGAAAAUUGAAUUCGGCUAGUGAACAGGGUGCGUAAAAGUGCGUUCCAUCUGCCUCAUCUUGAGCAACAACUUCCCGUCAUUAGCGGUUUCGUUUUGCUUGACAUUUCCAGCGUAGAUUAGCGCAAACACCAACCGAAGCUGUGCUUGAUGAUGAUGAUGAUGAACGUCUGCCAUGGCUCGCACCCACUAAGGGCGAUAGGCAAAGAAUGGAGGUAGCUUGAAGCGUGGGAUCCGCCUAUUGCUUUUUUUUUUUCCUGGGAGCGAGCCAUACUAUUGAUACUUUACUCGAAAUGCCUUACGGCGCCCCGUGUGCUAAAUCCUCAAAACGGCAUAGCGUAUAGUUUUGCGGUAUCUUUACGAGCAACGAAACCUGUCCAGAUGAUGAUGAUGAUGAUGAUGAUGACGAUGAUGAUGAUGAUGAUUUCUUGUUUAAUGGCACAAACCAAUUGUGGGGGAUAGGCCAAGAAGCGGGUGUUCAUAUGACAACCGACUCUGGUUCUUUUUGCUUCUCUUUGAGACGGUAAAACGGCUGUGCCUGAGAGCAUAGCUAGAAAGUAGACGCAAAGCGGUUUAAUGAAGUCUCGCGUUGAUUUGACUAAGUUGUGCUUGAAUUUUAUCAAUAAGUUGUCACAUUGGUGUGUAGGCCCGCUCAAAAGACCAGCGAGAUACUGAGCAAGCUCUUUUCAGCCUCCCCAUCUCCUAAAUGGGUGACACGACCAGAGAGAUGCAAAUGACACAACCACAUUCAUUAUUUUCCGCAUAGGCCCGCUUUGAAACAAUAAACGCGGCAUUCAUUCAUUCAUUCAUUCAUUCAUUCAUUCGUUCGUUCAUUCGUUCAUUCAUUCAUUCAUUCAUUCUCCGCUCCCCGUGCAUUAUCAUUGAGUACGAACCUAGCUUUCUCUGAUUUCUGCUGGAGGUUUCAUUUUUCCCUUUUCUUGUUCUUUCUUCUUUUUUUUUUGUUCCUUGCGUUUUUCGUUCCAAUCUCCGUUGCCGUCAUCCUUAUUUCGCGACUUGAUUACUCCUCGAGGAAGUCCAUGGCAGCCCGAUCGACAACGUUAUUUUAGACACGUGGAACCAGGCUGCAAAUGGCCGCGAAGCGUUGACAAUCUGCGCAGGGUUACCGCUCUGCAAAAGCUUCAGCCGUGUGGGCAGCUCUCCGAAAACAGCGACGAGCGGCCUAGCGCCUGUAAGAACCUCGCCCUUCUCGCGGGACCCCGACCGUCCCAGGGGGGGCUGCCGUCAUGCUGCGCAAGCUCUCCCUCCACGGCGCCAUGUCCAAGCCACGAGGCAGCGACGAGAGUUCGCGCGCCAGCGCCAGAGUCAGGGUGCAGAAGUCGCUGCGCCAAGGCGGCAGAGGAAAGGCGGCGGCCACCGCCGCUUCCUCACUGCUCAGCCAGUGCGUCACAGCGCCACGUGACCUAGACGACCUCAACGCCGAGGACGGCAGCGAAGAUUUCAGCCAGAUCGCUUCUCUGCUACAGACGCUCUCGUCGCUAAGCAACCAAGGAAAGAAGUUGCAAACCACCGGUCAGCGCAAAGCCCAGGGAUCGAUGGUGCUUCCCGACAUUCCCGAGAAGAUCUCCUUGGAAGACUGGUCCGUCAAGGCCUGCUGCAUCGAGGAUAUCGUGUACCCGAGCUCCCAAAACUGGUCCUACCUGACCAACUCGGCCAUCACGACCUUCACGGAUCAGACCUCGAGGGCGGGCGGCAGCAAUAGCAGCCUGUUCGACUCGUCGCUCACCGACUCCAGCUCGACGCUGUCCGUCGACACCGAGUUGGGCGGCCAGCAGGGCGAACCCCGUCGUAGCCAGCGCCGCGAGGCCAGAGCCGCUGGGCUCCGCUGCCGGCGCAACGAAAAUCCCGACAUCGUGGUGCUCCUGGGCGCAACGAGGUUCCCGUGCCACCGUUCUCUGCUCUCCGUGCAUUCGCGGUACUUCCAAGAGAUCCUCGCGGCUAAUCCCCAGACCCAGAAGGAAAGUUGCGCCAACAAAGCCUUUCCUCGCCGUCUGGGGCCUUUCCACGAGGCGUCGGGCAUCGUCCUGUAA